CGGGAGGGAAGAUGGCGGCGGGCGGCGGGGCGCGGGGGCGGCGCUGCGGGCACCGGCGGCUCUGACCGGGAGGAGGCGGAGCCCGUGUCCCCGUGUGUCGUCCACCCCCCCCCCCCCCCCCCUCGCGGGGGGUUAGACGGCGAGGAGAGGAAGGCGUGAGGGCGCCGCCCCGGCUCGUGAGGGGCGUGAGGGCGGCGGGGGCCGGCCCCGGGGGGGGGGUGGGGGGGUGAGGGGCCGGGCCCGGGAGAGCCGGGGCGAGGCGAGGAGAAGCCGGCGUGAGGAGAAGCGAGGAGAAGCGGAGCCGGGCCGAGCCCAGCCGGCCGCCGGGGGAAGGAAGGAAGGAAGGCAGGCAGGCUGGCUCGCUGCGGCGGCCGCUCGCAGGGCAGGAGGCGGCUCCGCCGGUGGCUCCCCGCCGUGGUGGCCCUGGGCUGCUGGGCGCCCCGCGCCAUGUUCUCGGUGCUGUCCUACGGCAGGCUGGUGGCCCGGGCGGUGCUGGGCGGCCUCUCGCAGACCGAUUCCCGCGAUUACAGCCUGGUGACGGCCAGCUGCGGCUUCGGGAAAGAUUUCCGCAAGGGCAUCCUCAAGAAAGGCAUGUGCUACGGGGAUGACGCCUGCUUCGUGGCCAGGCACCGCUCAGCCGAUGUGCUCGGGGUAGCAGAUGGUGUCGGUGGCUGGAGAGACUACGGGGUUGACCCUUCUCAAUUCUCAGGGACUCUAAUGCGAACAUGUGAACGUUUAGUGAAAGAAGGACGGUUUGUACCAAGUAAUCCUGUCGGGAUUCUCACUGCAGGUUAUUGCGAGCUGCUGCAGAACAAAGUACCUUUGCUUGGAAGCAGUACAGCUUGUAUAGUAGUUCUGGACAGAACAAGUCAUCGUUUACAUACGGCCAACUUGGGAGAUUCUGGAUUUUUGGUAGUCAGAGGAGGAGAAGUAGUACAUCGUUCCGAUGAACAGCAGCAUUACUUCAACACUCCGUUCCAACUGUCAAUAGCUCCACCAGAAGCGGAAGGAGUUGUCUUAAGUGACAGCCCUGAUGCUGCUGAUAGUACUUCCUUUGAUGUCCAACUCGGAGACAUUAUUUUGACUGCGACAGACGGACUGUUUGACAACAUGCCUGACUACAUGAUCCUGCAGGAAUUAAAAAAGCUGAAAAACUCCAACUACGAGAGCAUACAGCAGACUGCGAGAAGCAUUGCUGAGCAAGCUCACGAGCUGGCAUAUGAUCCCACUUACAUGUCACCAUUUGCACAGUUCGCAUGUGACAAUGGAUUGAAUGUGAGAGGGGGAAAACCAGACGACAUCACCGUCCUUCUUUCUAUUGUAGCCGAGUACACAGACUGAUCAGCCGAGUGCCAGCUUCUGAUGUUUUCAUUAUCCCCGAGCUCCUCGCUUCACAUGUACGGUUUCCUGCUGGCAGGAUUGCUUUCUUCCUUUGCAGCUGAUCUCAGCAGCCAGUUUUCGAGCUCGUUGCCUGUCUUGAGACACAACUGAAGAAAUCCUUAUUAAGAACCACUCGUAGUACACUGGUCUUUGUCUGCCAGCAAGAAAUGAAGAAGUUCAAGGCUUGAAGCAUGUCUUUCAGAGCUUAGUAAUUGUCCAUAUAAGGGGGAGGAUCAAUCCCAUAUCGUUACCGCAUUUGAAAUGUGACUUACUUUCAGAUGAGUAGAAUUGGUUUAUCAUCUUUCAAAUUAGAUUCGAUAGAUAAAAACCUCUACAGGAGGGCAUAUUAUUCUAUCUACUAGAAACAUUCACUGUUCAUUAAAGGGUAUGUUACAGAACACAGUUUCAUAAGCAUAGUCUUGUUACAGUGAUAGCUGAGGUUUCGUGUUUCUAAGUUCUGGUUUUCAGGAGAUUUAUAACUGCUGUAAACUUUUUGCUCUUGCCAUACGUGGUGUCAGCCUAGGAGCCUUUUCUAGUACAAAAUUUCAAAAACAUACUUAGGUCAAGUUAUAUGGAUGCAAAUGUGUUGUGAUUUCAGGUGCUUAACUGUGAUCUUAAAAGUUCUGCAGAUCAUUCGUCCAUAAUGGGCCUGAUAUCUGGAUGUUUUGGCUGUGGAUAACUUUAUUUUUUUUAAAGAAAAAUUAUAACUCUUGUCUCAAGAAGCCAAGAUGGUCAAAGUUGAGAUCCUUCGAGCAUUUUAACCCAUCUCACCAGCACAGGAUGAUAUGGCGUAAAUGCUACAAUGGGAGGCUGCGCAAAGAACAGAUCAGCCUCAACUCUGAACAUCUUCACUUUUGGUGGAUAACUUUGUUGUUAACUAAACGUGAUUUGUGUUAAUAUUGCCACUCUUGCUUGUGUAGAACAGCACAUGCUGGACCAGUCUAAGCCCAGCUGAUCCUUGUAUUUCUGGCUCUCAACCACGCGCCUCUUUGCUUAUGCUGUGGCAGCAGCAGUAAGUACAUAAAUGGAAACUAUUAAUGAAUAAUCAGCAAAACUUACAUUUCAGUAACUAAAGUUUAGGGUUUUCAGAAUGAACCUUAAUGAUGUUUACAGUUAUCUAACAGCCACUUUGCAAUAUGACAUUUCCUUUUGAAUUACAGUAGCUCACAAUUGUUCCCCCUGUUCCAGCAAGCUUUCCUUUCUUUUCCGAGGUUCAUACAGAUAGCUGAUAGCUGUAAAGAUAUAUAUAUUUUUGGUCAGUUUUUCAUUAACUUUUUUGCUGGUAGAAGAGUAUGUAGAAAUAAAUUAAAGCCAUGUUUUUAUAUAUAUAAAAAGUCGGGUAAUGUUGAUGUUUAGGUGAGUGCAGUUAAACUUGGUCAGUAAGUAAUCUUACCUGCUCUCAAAAGGAGAUAUUUACUACCUGGUUUAUUGUAUUAAAACUGUUUAAGUUUGAGGUUACCUCAACUUGUUUAAAGAAUUUUUGUGGACUUGUACUGUAUAUUUGCGUAACUAUGUCAAGCUUUUAUUUAAGAUCAUUUAACAUGUACCAUGUACAUGUCAUUUUACUAUAUUUCAAUGCAUCGUGCUUGUAACAGGCAUUUCAUUUAUAAUAAGAAUAAGUGAUUAAUUUGGAAGCUCUUCGGUAAUUUAUCUGCUAUUCCUAAAUUGGCGUAAUGUUAGCUCUCUAUUUUAAAUCACCUUGUAAUUACUUGUCAAAAUGCCUUAACUACCCUAACUUGACCAAAAUACUAUUUUGGUGAGGGUACGGGGAGGAUUCUAUUAAUGAAGAAAAAUUACCUAGUUUCGCGAUACACGGAGCAGUGAGUGGUGAAUAACUUUGCACAAAUUGUCAGUCCUUGUUUUUUAAAACUGAACAAGCUGUAUCUAGCUGUCUCGUUAGAAGGAAUGUAUUCAUGCUGCAGUAUAGGGCUUUCUUUCUAGCAUUUGGGAGGGGUGCUGCACUCUCAAAUCUGGGUAUCUUUACAUUGUAUUCUCCAGUAUUUACUCUCGUGUUUCUUUAUUAGAGCUGAUUUGAUCAAUUGAACUCACCUUAAAACAAUGCCCUUGUAGACCUGACCGUUUUGCACUCUGACCCCUUGCUCUCAGUACGCUCGUGCCCAGCCUUCAUUAUUUUUUUCCCCCCACUUUCUAGAAGUACAAAUUGAGAAAUAUUUGUGGAUCAGAUAAAUGAGUAUGGCAAAGGUGCUUACCCCCGAGUGAGAUGUUGCAUGCGCUGUACUCUGCCUCUGCUGGUCCGGGGUCUGGAACCCUGGAUCAGGGAGAUUCUGCCACCUUCUCAGAAGUUAAACUGUGCCGCCUGGUGGGUUUGAGUCUACGCCUUGCUGUCUGUGUUAAAGCAGUUCUUAGCUAAGCAGUAUCUAUAAAGCCAUUUGCCUCAUAUCACAUCAUGAUUUUUUUUAAUAAAGAACAAAUUUGGAUUUUAAUUUACAAAUCAUGAGUUUAUCCCUCACUGGACACACCAAAGACCAGUAAAGCUUAUAGCUUUUCCAUCUGUUUAUAAAGCAAUACUGUAUUAUAAAGAAUCGAUAUUUUUAUCACAUGCUUGUUUUUGUUUUUGUUCUUAAGAUGUGCACUCUAAACAUAUCAAACCUAAUUUCUUCCUAUGAACUUAAGCUGUCUGCGCACAACAAAUUUUUGGAAGAGGGAUCGACAGGGCCCGUACUAUCAAAAUAACUUCAAAUGAUGCAUGAAGCAGUAACACUUCCUAGGAAUUAGUUUAUUGUGACUAUUCAUAAGAGGAACGUACAAGAAAGGUGUUCUGCGUAAUGGAAACACGCUUGAAAGGAGAACAGGCUGAUUUCAGCUGCUGCCGAAGGUUUUUGUUAGCUGUCAGGAGCUGGUUGGUAGGGAGCAGUAAUCUGAAGGAAAAGGAAGAGAUUUUUAGAUACCAGUACUACGGUACCACGACAGGUAAUAGCGCUCGCGGGAGUUGGGAUUUCUGCAGCAGUGUUACUGGGUAUUUGGGUGAAAAAGGGCUAAGAUGUGGUGAAUUGGAAAACUGUGGUUCUGUGCUACUUUUAUGGCUAUCUUUGGGAGACCUCCAGCAUACAGUUUCCCUCUAAAUUUGCUUUCUUUGCGUUUCUAAAGAAGGUACGGCAGAUAAAUAGAAGGGAAGAAAAAGAUUUUGGGACCAGACAGUUAUGACUGAGUAAGGGAGAGGGGAGAGGUGUGAAGGUCUAGCAAAGCUGUAAAGUAUUCUGUGAUGGAAUCUCCAUCUCUUGUAAUGGACAUCCUCUCGCCAGGGAGGAAUCAGACUUCGUGUGUGUGUGUAGAAACCGACUGUAUGAAGUAGUUCUUGCAAAGAUAGCUGAAAUAAUGAAGCAAAUCUGAGUCUGUAUCUAAUGAGGAUGCUUUUUUGUUGUUGUUAAAAUGAGACUAUCAUCUAUGCUUACGUAAGAGGCAAUUAUGUGAAUUUCAUGUCUGAGGUAUAACUUAUGCAGGAAUAGUUCUGUAAAUACAUUUAAAUGAAUUGUAAAGAUAUUUAAUAAAUAUAGUAUUUAU